AUGGAAGAACUUAAGCAGGACCUGGAGGUAACUAAGUUGGAACUGAAGAAAACUCAAGUCCUACUCAAGCAAGCUGAAGAGAAGAACAAUAUAAUUCAACUAGAACUCGAAGACUACCGAGCGGAACUAGAGGAGACCCGGAAGGAACUGGCAAAUGUCACAGUCGAAUGGAAGGCGUCAGCUGGAGAGCUCCGCGAGCUUAAGGCUAAAGACCAAACGGGAUUCUUGCUGACAGAUGGUGAUUUGGUUGAGCGACAACUGGAAGAGAUUUUCCACACAGCUGUUAGGCUCGAUGAAGACAUUAAACAACAGGUUGCUAGGGUGCUAUGGGUGUACGAAUACGACGGCCUCACAGAUGCGGAUGUUGACUUUGAGACCAUAGAGGUGAAAGGAGAUUCGUCUCUGGCGAAGGAGAAGAAGAGGAGCCGAGAGAGACCCGUGGUAAUUGCGCCAGCUCUGGUGAAGCGAGGGAAGUCGACUGGCCAGGACUUUCACAUCGAAAACACAUUGUUAAAGAUAGUUGUGCUACGCGAUUAG